CCGUCCUUUUCAACCCGCAGUUGAGUGUAAACUACGAUGCGACAAGGGGAGAUAGUGUGUGAUAUUUUGACAGGGGUUUAGCUAUGCCCCGAAGUCAGGGGAGACCUGACGAAUUGCCCCUCCCCACAGGAUGGGACUUAGGGCGUGAUUAUGACGGAAAAGUGUAUUUUAUUGAUCAUAAUACAAAGAAAACGACAUGGAUUGACCCCCGAGACAGUUUGACGAAACCUGAAAGUUUUGCUGAUUGUGUUGGUGAUGAACUCCCGCUGGGGUGGGAACAGGUUCUAGAUCUCAACAGAGGGGUCUACUACGUCAACCAUGUUGAGAAAGAAGUACAGAGUGUGGAUCCUAGGUUGGAGUGGAGAGCACUUCAGGAGGAUAUGCUCAGACAGUAUCUUACUACAGCACAGCUAGAUCUUCAGGCUAAAAAGGAGCUGGUAGCUGUAAAGGAGGCUCGUCUUAGUUUAGCUCAGGAUGAAUUCAGGCAUCUGAACUCUACACUCUCUACUUUGUCAACCUCUACCACUAGCUUAAAUUCUACGUUGUCUACUACAAGUACUAAAUAUGAUCCAGAUUUAUUAAAAGCUGAUGUCUCCCACGCUAAGGCUCGGGUACAAAGAUUGCGCCGAGAGUUGGCGAAUAUUAGUUCUGAGAUGGAUUAUAAAUCUCAGGGGUUAGAAACUCUCUCCAGUGUCAACAAUAAAUUUGAACAUGGAACAGCUCUUACCCAAGAAGAGGCUUUAGCAAUAAGACUUGAGUUACGAAGUAUUCAGCAGUCCCUGGUAACAGGAGAAAUGGAAAAAGUACAACUAAUGAAGAGCCUAGCUUGCCUAAAGGAUGACCUGACCCGUCUUGAACCAAGUGAUAGUAGUUUGGAUGUGUCAGCUCUAAACCAACCUGAUACAACAUGUAUGGCGUCACAGACAGAUCUUUCCGGGGAGAUGGUUCCUGUUGGUGCCCGGCUAGCUGAGCUCGCCAGAUUAAGAUUGCAAUAUGAUGAAUCUAGAAGAAGUGUACAGGAGGUUCAGCAGCAGCUGUCUAGCUUGGAAGAGAGGAUAUCUCCAGGACAGCUGGAGAGUGACUACGAUAGACUUCUUCUUAUUCAAGAGAAGGAACAGCUUCUUAGAGAACUCAG